GGAGUCUGGUGUGGAGCCGAGAGGGAGGCCCGCACUUUUCUACCCGCGGAGCUGCGCUGAGUCUGAAAUAGGUGUACGCGUCAGCGGGGCAGGAAACGAAAAGACAGUGCAGUAAUUGGUGGAAAGCUGGAAGUGGGCACCUAGAGGGCCUCAGCCCCACGAACACAGUCACCCAGGAAAAGCGAACCGCGCCAGGCCCUGUCAUCGCCCGCUGGGUCCGUCCUCCCAGCGCUCGCGGCCGCUCACAUGGGCGUGGCCCUGCGUGACCUGCCGGGGCGUCACGUGAGCUCCCGGAGUCAUGUGACCGCCGUCUUGACAGUGUUCCACGGGCGCUGCUUCCUGCCGGGGUUUGGAGUUGUCACCACUUUCCCCUCUCCGUCUCCUGCGGGCGCAAUGGAGGAGGAGGAUGAGGAAGCGCGGGCGCUUCUGGCAGGCGGCCCUGACGAGGCCGACAGAGGUGCCCCGGCCGCCCCCGGAGCCCUGCCGGCCCUCUGCGACCCCAGUCGCCUGGCGCACCGGCUUUUGGUGCUGUUACUGAUGUGCUUCCUUGGCUUUGGCAGCUAUUUUUGCUAUGAUAAUCCUGCUGCCCUUCAGACUCAAGUUAAACGAGAUAUGCAAGUGAAUACCACGAAAUUCAUGCUGCUGUAUGCCUGGUAUUCUUGGCCCAAUGUAGUUUUGUGUUUCUUUGGUGGCUUUUUGAUAGACCGAGUAUUUGGAAUACGAUGGGGCACAAUCAUUUUUAGCUGCUUUGUUUGCAUUGGACAGGUUGUUUUUGCCCUGGGUGGAAUAUUUAAUGCUUUUUGGCUGAUGGAAUUUGGAAGAUUUGUAUUUGGGAUUGGUGGCGAGUCCUUAGCAGUUGCCCAGAAUACAUAUGCUGUGAGCUGGUUUAAAGGCAAAGAAUUAAACCUGGUGUUUGGACUUCAACUUAGCAUGGCUAGAAUUGGAAGUACAGUAAACAUGAACCUCAUGGGAUGGCUGUAUUCUAAGAUUGAAGCUUUGUUAGGUUCUGCUGGUCACACAACCCUCGGGAUCACACUUAUGAUUGGGGGUAUAACAUGUAUUCUUUCACUAAUCUGUGCCUUGGCUCUUGCCUACUUGGAUCAGAGAGCAGAGAGAAUCCUUCAUAAAGAACAAGGAAAAACAGGUGAAGUUAUUAAAUUAACUGAUGUAAAGGACUUCUCCUUACCCCUGUGGCUCAUAUUUAUCAUCUGUGUCUGCUAUUAUGUUGCUGUGUUCCCUUUUAUUGGACUUGGGAAAGUUUUCUUUACAGAGAAAUUUGGAUUUUCUUCCCAGGCAGCAAGUGCAAUUAACAGUGUUGUAUAUGUCAUAUCAGCUCCCAUGUCCCCAGUGUUUGGGCUCCUGGUGGAUAAAACAGGGAAGAACAUCAUCUGGGUUCUUUGCGCAGUAGCAGCCACUCUUGUGUCCCACAUGAUGCUGGCCUUUACGAUGUGGAACCCUUGGAUUGCUAUGUGUCUUCUGGGACUCUCCUACUCAUUGCUUGCCUGUGCAUUGUGGCCAAUGGUGGCAUUUGUAGUUCCUGAACAUCAGCUGGGAACUGCAUAUGGCUUCAUGCAGUCCAUUCAGAAUCUUGGGUUGGCCAUCAUUUCCAUCAUUGCCGGUAUGAUACUGGAUUCUUGGGGGUAUUUGUUUUUGGAAGUGUUCUUCAUUGCUUGUGUUUCUUUGUCACUUUUAUCUGUGGUCUUACUCUAUUUGGUGAAUCGUGCCCAGGGUGGGAACCUAAAUUAUUCUGCAAGACAAAGGGAAGAGAUAAAAUUUUCCCAUACUGAUUCAUCAGACUUGGUUCUGGAUCACUUCUUCCUGUUUCCAAAUUCUAAACACAUCCUCAGGAAAUGGAGAAUUCAACACCACUAGUUAUUGUAAAAAUGGAUGUUCAGUGGACUGUCGCAAUGAAGUAACAGAAUCCCCAGUUUUCAGCUGGUCACAUGGCAGCCCAGAAUAAAGCCACAUCUCUCAGCCUCCCAUGCAGCUUGGUGUGCCAGUGCCGAAGCUUGGAUGAUGCUGUGGAAGAGUAAGUGUUCUGGGGCAGCUUCUGAGAACCUCCUUUAAGUGUCAGCUGCAUCUCCUUUGGCCCUCCUUUUUCGUCUUCUUCUUGAUCAUGGGAUAUGUGGAUGUAACUGCUGGAGUUCCUGUGACCAUGUUGGACCGUGCAGAUGAGGGCCUUGCUUAGGAGUGGGGAGUGGAGUCUGGCAGGAGCUGGGACCCUGUGUUCACAGGGCUGCGUGUUGCCCUGGACUUUUACAUGAGAGAGCUGAUGAACUGUGAUCUGUCUGUUAUUUUGGGUGUCGGACACUUCCAGCCAAAUGUGAUCCUGAUAGGAACAUCCUACAAAGUGAGCACUUUAAGUAUGGAGGGGACAAUAUACAGAGCAGUGAUGAGAAUGGAGAAUGGCAAUGAGGGAAGGCUUCCUGGAAGAAUCUGCUAUCCCAGCCCAAGCUCUUCUCUUAUCUCUCAUUAUUUCUUCUGUCUUACUGUUUUGUGAACAUGACGCUUUCUCUCUUCCUGACCUUUGCUCAUGCUGUUCCUUCUGCAAUGCUUUCUCUGUUUAUCUUCCUGCUUGUCUAGUUAAUUUUAUAAUUAUAUUAAAUUAUACAGUCCACAUAAGUACUUAACAUGGCUAGUAAAUCUGUGUAAACACCACAUACAUUUUGCUGUUAUCCUCCUUAUCAUGAUUACUAGCCAGGUCAAAUUUUGCCUCUUUUCCGAAUCCUCUCUUGAACACUCUUCCUCUUUGGUACUGCAGUAGUACUGCCGCUCAGUACCCUAACACCUGACACUUAAAAUGUAUUUCACUCAUAUCAGAACCCUGAUAUCUGGCACCUAGUGGUGCUCAGGAAAUGUUUGCUGAAUGCAACUGUAUUAUACCAGUUCUGUUUAGGGGAAGUAACUCUGUGUUCUGUUUAGGGGAAGUAACUCUGGCUAGUUAUUUGUGUAGCUACUACUCAAGAGGAAUGGAGGGACAAGAUCAGUGUGGCCCCCCAGCUUCCAUUUUCUUUGUCUCCUGGCUUCUUUGCCAUUGUGUCACCUCCCCAUCCUCAGGCUGUUAUUCUUAUGGCCACUUCUGUAAAGGAAGGUCAUAGCAAAACAGCUUCAGCCUCGCCUUAGCUUGCCUCCUGAAUCCUUAGCUUUGCCGACCUGAAUUCUAACCACUGCUUUUUAGGGGUCAGAGGAAUGGAGGCAAACAAACAGAUCAGUGUGGGGUUGGGAGGAGUCAAAGCUGUAUUUGCAAGGUUACUCCAUUUUGACAGCAACAGGACUGGUAUUUGAAGGCAAUUUUUUUUUUUGAGAUGGAGUCUUGCUCUGUUGCCCAGGCUGGAGUGCAGUGGUGCAAUCUUGGCUCACUGCAAGCUCCGCCUCCCAGGUUCAUGCCAUUCUUCUGCCUCAGCCUCCCGAGUAGCUGGGACUACAGGCGUGUGCCACCAGGCCGGCUAAUUUUUGUAUUUUUUUUUUUAGUAGAGACAGGGUUUCACCUGGUUAGUCAGGAUGGUCUCGAUCUCCUGACCUUGUGAUCCGCCCACCUCAGCCUCCCAAAGUGCUGGGAUUACAGGCGUGAGCCACCACGCCCAGCCUGAAGGCAACUUUUAUACAGUAUUAUGCUAUCCUUUGGUUUCCAUGUUUCUGCUAGAUAGGAUUGCUAUGCCAACACACCCCAUGUGUGGAACUGUGUCUCAGUUCCCACCCUCAGCUCUACUAAGGUGUCCUCCUUGCACUUUCCUCCCUCCAGUCCCUUGGGCUAUUGGCACUGUCACUCAGGUGUCCAGGCAGCUGACAUGGGUGGUAGAAGCAGGCAUUAUCCCGUUGUCUCAGUUGGGCUUAAACAGGGACUCCUGCUUGGUCUUUGGGAGUUCAGAUGCUAAAAAGUCCCCUGUCAAGAGUAAUGAGGGCCUUGACACUGAAGGGACGAGGCAGAUUUUGCUCCAGAUGGUCUUUGGAAAAAGGAAUUAGUACAGCCAGAUUGGAAAGUUUUAGUGAUUGAGAAAGAAGUACUGAUUUUGAUGAAUCAUUUCCACAGUCCCUGCCCUAUUUCUUGGUCUUGUCUCUGUUUGGAGGACUGAGUGAAAGUGUCCAUCCAGCUUCCUCCCAUUGGUGCUAACAAACUGCACUGGCUGGAUUUUGGUACCACAUUCCCACGGUGGUAUGUCUUAGGUCUCAGGCCAGCGUCCAAAGAGACCAUAUAUUAUUGUAAUUGACUAUUUUAUUGAGACCCUUAUAAUCAUACCUACUUUACCCAGUAAAGCAAUUCUUGCUUUCUUAUUCACAAGCUUUUUCCGGAUAGUAGGUGAUUACAAUAUGGUCCCUCAUCCAAGCCUCCACCAAUGAUUUCCAAAGAGUAAAGUUCCUCAGCUGAAUAUUAGUUAUCCCUCUUGUUUUUUUUAAAAGUGACAUUAGAAAAUGGCUUAAAAUUUUAUUACCUUCUUAUUGUGAUCUGCUUUUUCUCCACCCACCUCCUGGGUAGGUACAACAGAGCUUGCAAGAUGGCAGUGGUAGAAUGGCAUGUGGGCCAUAGACUUGUUUCAUUUGGCUUGUAGAGAACUUAACAUUUUGAGGGGGGAUUAUUUCCUAGUUAAUAAGUGGGAGAUUUCAACUCACAUAAAAACCUAGAUUCCCAACUUUUAAAAAGUCAGUUUCCACUUGAUGACAGUCAGCUACUACUGGGCAAUGGUUGCCUCUCUUAACCAAGGCAUUUUCUCACCAGUUCACCAUCACUGGCCCACAUUUGUCUAGCUUUUUCAUUAUCUGCUUAGCCCAGAGGGCAUUUGGUUUGAGACCCUUGACACAGCCCCCUUCUCCAGCUCCCACACUUUUCAGUGUCUGCUUUGUUACUCCUGCUGUCUCAGAUAUUCCCUCCAACGGGCCUUUUCCUCACCAAUCCCAGCUGUAACAAAUCCUGUACAGCAGCCCUAUGCACUCUUCCUGGGGAAGAGCUAUAUGCUUUAUUUCCCCACAGACUUAGUUGCAGUUGGGAAGCUGAGUGCUGACCUCCAGGUAAAUAUUGGAGAUCUAUGGGCAGAUCCCAGCCUGUUGGCUGGAGGUGCUAGUUCUGGUGCCAUGGACAUAUGGGUCUGACCCUGCAGUCUUUUGCCCUGCUCCUGAACUCCCAGUUUUGAGCUUGAUUGCAGCCUACAAUUAGGGGCAGAGCAGUAUGGGGAGUUGUUUUUAUCCUUUUGGAGAACUGUGGGCUUUCCCCAUAAUAAAUGCUGUAAUGUAAUGAUAACCGCACAGUUGCUUUACAGUUUUUUCGUUAAGUUCCUUCUUAUAAAUCAUUCCUUUACAUGUCUCAAUGACCUGAUGAAGUAGGUGUUAUUAUGGCCCCUGUUUUGCAGAUGAGCCCUAGAGGAGGCUCAGGGCACCUGCCCAAGAUCUCAUGGUCACAGCCCAUCAGGGUCUCAGGCGCCCAUGGUUUUUUAUUUAAAAAAAUUUUUUUUAAGCUAUCAUACUACUCACUGUGUGGCCCCAAUUUUAGGCUUGAAUGUUUCUCCAAAUCUGUAAAUGCCUAUAGACACAACUUAGCACACAGGAGCAUCAGGGUUACUAGUUACAUUCACCCUAGUUACAUUCACCCUACCACUGAAUAGGCCAUCAACAGAACCCAAAGAGAAAAAAAUCCCCAGUGCUGUUUAUAUGCCAGUGAAUUUCUCAACCUAAACUCUCUGAAUCCUGAGCUAUAAAUGUUAGAAAUAUAUACAUUUUUAGCAACAAAAAUGGCUUUGGCAUUUCUAAAUAUUCAGAAAUUUGCAACCAUUACCUUCUUUAUUAUAUCUACACACCUUUAUAUUCUUAAUUGUUUAAAAUUCAAAAUUGACAGAUGUUAAAAAAGUUGGUUACAUUUUAAGUAAUAAUAAUCAUAUGGGUUUGAUAUGCUGGUUAUGUUUUUUAAAUGUCCAUGGAAAUAAAUAUAUAAGUACGAAUUUUGUUUUAAAGUUUUUCCAUGUAUUAUCUAAAAUUAUGGUACAUUUGUCACCCCUUGGGGAAAUCCUGCUUCUGAUGGAAAAAACCAUGCAAAUUGCAGCUCUUUAUUUUUGUGUCACUGGUGAGCUUCCCUGGCUCAGUGUUGUAAGUGCAUGAUGUAUAAUGCGACAGGCAUGGAACUGUAAAUGAAAAUAAAAUUUCAGGGCCCUCUAAAUUUAUUAUGACAAGGGAAGUUAAGCCCUGGAGACUGAACCACA